GUCUGUUUUGGUGCCAAAUAUAAUUUAAAACACUGCGCAAACUGUAUAUAAGAAAAACAUUUGCACAAAACUGCAGUUUAACGGUUCCCCAAGCGACGAGCUGGCGCAGGUUGUGGGGUGCCCGUGGACCAUGAGGGACAGUGGUAGCAGCCUAGCACAGAACCGCUGGCAGGGGCAGCUGGGCCAGGAGGACAGUGGGGAUGGAGGAGGUGGUGGUGUAGCGAUCUCCGGGGGUCACCUGGAGAUCGACCCCACCGCCACCCACCGGAUGCCCAGCCCCAUGCACCUAAAGCUGGGCCAGAAGGAAAGGGUGGCCUGGGAGGCCGAGUACAUGGAGGACGAGGGGGAAAAUGAUGAGGAAGAUUUUGAAGGUGAGGGCUGGGAUGAUGAUGAGGAAGGAGAGGAGGCUGAGGUUGUAUGGGAGGUCCCACACAUGGUCCCCACCCCAUCCCUACAAGAGCAGAAUCAUCAUCAAGCACCACUAGGCGACGAUGACCAUGACAACAACCAGGCCGAACCUGAAGAAAGGGACUUUCCCAGCGUCCCUAUCCAGUCCAGGCUCAACGGGCUCAGGCAGCGCAGGCUGAGGCGCUGGAGGAAGCUCCACUCUCAUGAAGGCCUACGGCUCCGUCUCACCCAGCAUUGGCAGACCUGGCGUCAGCGGGCUCAGUGGGUGGGCACCCUGGGGCACAGGAGGGCGAGGAGGUGGCGUCGGUAUAGUUUGUAUUCCAACCGGCAGAGGACGGUAGCGGACCCGGGCCUGAGCAGCCCACUGUCAGAUGACGAGAGGCUCAGUGGGUCUGAAAGAGAUAACGUGUUGAAUGGUUACUCAGGAGACUACCAGUCCAGUCUGAUGGGAGGUCUCGGGGAGAGCGGAAGAAGGGAAUCAGAGGCCUCAUCGUACGCCAUCGUCAGAGAGAAACCUGUGGAGGUCGCUCUCACUGAUGAACACAUGAGCUGUGUGCAUGGGAUACUGGAUGAGUCCCUCCAGAAGUACGGCAGUCUGAUCCCCAUCCACGCUGACGAUGUGGUGGAGAAACUAAAAGACAUCUUCAACGACAACUUCUCACAGCCUCACAGGAAAGUAGUGGUUCAACACCUAAUCCAGUCCUACCAGAGGUCGUCCGGCACGGCCAUGGUGCGAGGGUUCCGUGUCAACUACAAGCGUCAUGUCCUCACCAUGGAUGACCUAAGCACGUUGUAUGGACAGAACUGGCUCAAUGACCAGGUCAUGAACAUGUAUGGUGACCUUGUGAUGGACUCUGUGCCCGAGAAGGUUCACUUCUUCAACAGUUUCUUCUACGAUAAGUUGAGGACGAAAGGCUACGAUGGAGUCAAACGAUGGACGAAGAAUGUGGACAUCUUCAAGAAGGAUCUCCUCCUGAUCCCCAUCCACCUGGAGGUCCACUGGUCCCUGGUCAGCGUGGACAUCCCCCGUAGGGCCAUCACCUACUUCGACUCCCAACGCACACUCAACCGACGCUGCCCAAAGCAUAUUGCAAAGUAUCUGCAGGCAGAGGCUGUCAAGAAAGAACAGAGAGAUUUCCUUCCAGGAUGGAAAGGCUAUUUCAAAAUGAAUGUGGGCCGCCAGAACAAUGACAGUGACUGUGGGGCGUUCGUUCUUCAGUACUGCAAGACUCUAGCCUUGGGUCAGCCGUUCAGCUUCGGCCAGCAGGACAUGCCCAAACUGAGGAGGCUCAUGUACAAAGAACUGUGUCACUGCAAGCUCUCGCUGUGACACCACGCCCUUUGAGGAUUCUAAACAAAGAAGUGGGGGAUUCUAAGGAGGAAGCGAGGGAUGGUUCAAAUGAACUAUUCUAAACGAGCUAGUGACUGAAAGAAAGGAAACAAACUUUUCAAAGGAAAAAAAAAAUCCCCUUGACGACGUUGAUAUCCAGAGACUUUACUACUACUACAAGAGGGCAUUUUAUAUUUUCGGCCCCUGUUUUCUGCCCUCUCUUUCUGUUUUUCUCCUCUCUCCCAUGACCUUUUAUUUCAUUUUCAUGGUUGUUUCCUUGUGAUUGACAGAGGCAAUGUCUAUGAUUGUAUCCCAAAUGGCACACUAUUUCCAUAUGUAGUGCACUACUUUUGAUCAUGGACCCUGGACAAAUGCAGUAGACUAUAUAGGUAAUAAGGUUCCAUUUGGAUGCAAACCAAGUCUACUAUACUCUGAUGGUGCAUUUGAAUAAAAAUACACUUUAUUUAGACUUUUCUCUUUCUCUAAACUGACUUAUCACCUUACCGAUGCAGGAGCCCCCCAAAUGGACAAGUGUGGAGUGAAAAGAAGUGGUAGUUCUAUCUUUACUUAUGUUCUUUUUUUCUCUCUUUGUCAGUUUAAAAAAACGUGUUGCUAUGCUUAUUGUUCAUGGGUGUUUUUUGGAGGGCAGUGAUGUUUUUUUAUUUUGAUUAAAAUAAAAACAAUAUCUUACUAAGUCAUGUUGGAGUCAUAUUGGUUGGACCAUGUCAGCUACAAACAAAUUGGUUCCCAAAUGGCACGCUAUGCCGUUUAUAGUACACUACUUUGACCAUAAGGCUCUGAUCAAAAGUAGUGGACUAUAUAGGGAAUGGGGUGCCAUUUGGGACGUAUUUGUGGUAUUACAUUUCCCCCUCUUUUUGUAACUAAAAGAGACAUUGUUGAUCUGUUUUGUUUUUAUAUUCUUUUUUGAGCAGAAGUUUGAUGGAACAUAAUUGAUUGUUUUUAUACCUUUUAAAAAGCAUUUAUGGUUAAUCAGAAUAAACAACUACAUGACAAGGAACAGAUAAAUGAAAGUUGAAUUUCUUCAUGCUUUGUAUAAUGUAUUUACUAGCUAGUGUGAAUUGACAUUGAAUCGAGGAAGAGGAUGAUUUAUCUCUGUUGUAGUACUGUAGUGUGACGUCUAGAUGUUCUGGAUUGUGUGUGG